AUGCAUUCAAAAGAUUAUGAAGAUAUUUUUAUGAAAUAUGAUUCUUUCCAAAUAACAAAGUUUAUUACCGUGUACAUAUCACCUGUGAUUCUCAUUGUUGGUACUACCGGAAAUAUCAUUGCUUUCUUUAUUUUGCGAAGAAACAUGUUUCGGAUAUCUACCUAUUUCUACUUAGCUGUUCUUGCCAUUGCGGAUUUAAUCGUAUUACAAUUUGGACUUCUCCGAGAAUGGAUCGGACACGUUUCGGAUUACGAUAUCCAAAACAUCAGCAACUUAUGCUGUAAGAUAUUUGUUUCUUUGAACUAUUUGGGAAGUGAUUUUUCGGUUUGGUUAAUCGUUGCAGUAACGACGGAACGCUUCAUCGCUGUUUGUUUCCCUCUACGAGCAAAUGUUUUGUGUAGUGUUAACAAAGCUCGUAGUGUAACAAUCUCCCUACUGGGUCUUUCUUUCUGCUUAAACGCACACUUUUUGUGGACGGUUGAACUUACUGAAGUCCGUUUGAAUUCAAGUAAAGUGGAAAAAUGUACACCUGGAAAUAAAUUUGACUUUUUUCUCACUGAGGUUUGGCCUUUAGUAGACGCAUUCACAUAUUCGUUCAUUCCUACAUUCAUAUGUUCAGUUUUGAAUAUUUUAAUAAUUCGAAGGGUGUUCAUUGCUAGGAAAUAUAGAGGUCGCUACCAAAAAUGUAGUUCGGGAAGAAAUAAUUCAAACAACAAAUCGUUACCCUCGGAAAGGACGAUAAAACUCACCAAAAUGCUUUUAGCAGUUUCUUUAACCUUUGUGUUAACGACACUGCCUAACAGUAUUUGCAUUGUUGUUCAAAAUUACUGGGAACUGGAUUAUAGCAAGGAUGUCCUUCGUCAGAUUUCAAAUCUUGUUUUAACUAGAACUAUCACCGGACAUCUCAUGUACAUUAACCAUUCUGUUAACUUUUUCCUGUACUGUGCCACAGGAAAAAAAUUCAGAAAGAACAUGGAGCGAGUUCUUUGUAAAUUACGCCAAACAUCGAAUCGUUCUUUGUCGGAUAGUAACAUCCCACAUCUAAUGAGCAGAGUAAGCUAUACAACAGGUAGACUCAGUGUCAAUCUGGUCGUAUUUGAUACCAAACUUUUACACAGAAGAACAACGAGACUAUGAUGAAGAAAAUUAAUCAAUUUCUUUUAGAUAACAUACU